AUGACUACGUUUCUUUCGCGCUCUGCUUUGAACAACGCUGCGAGUGGUGCUCCGACGAUUUCUUCUUCUUCUUUUUCGUCGUCUUCGUCAAAAAAGCAGUCUUUGUCGUCUUUGGGGAGAAAGAGCAGAAGGAAGAUUUUUGUAUCUAAAAAUGACGAUGCGAAAGUGAACGACGACGACGACGACGAGGAGGAGAUUUUAUCGGAAACGACGAAACGCAUCGCGGAGCAAAUAGCCUCGCGGAGGACAACGGGAAACGAAAAAGCGUUCGGUGCGGGUGGACAAACGACCGUGGACAGUUUGAAAAGAGUCGAUGGUAUUUGGAAGCGGAUAAAGAGCAGCGAAGGAAAAACGAGGCGUGUGAGAGAGUUUGUGAAAACGAUUCGGACGACGGUUGAAGAAGUAGAAGAAGGAAAAAAAUUUGACGUCGUCGUAUGCGGCGGCACGCUCGGGAUUCUUCUCGCCGCGACGUUGCAACAGAAAGAAAACAAUUUGAAAGUUGGCGUCAUCGAGCGCGGGAAACUGCAAGGUCGCGAGCAAGAGUGGAACGUGACGAGGAAAGAACUGUCCGUGCUGUGCGCGUUGAACGUGUUGACGGAGGAGGAUUUGGACGAGGUGAUAUGCGGGGAGUUUAAUCCGAUUAAGUGCGGGUUUUACGAUAGCACUGGAAAGAGGAGACAAGAAGAGAACGAAAUCGUGACAGAGAACGUGUUGAAUUGCGGGGUAUCGCCGACGAGGUUGAUCGAAAAGUGUCGCGAAAAUUUCGAAUUGAACGGAGGGGUUGUGUUUGAAGAGACUUCUUUGAACGGCGUGACGAUUAACGAAGAAGAGAAGCACGAGUGCGCGCGGUUAGAUAUUGGUUCGGAAACGAUAGAAGCAAGAUUAGUCGUAGACGCCAUGGGGUUUGGAUCACCAAUUACGUUACAGGCGAGAAAUGGAGAGAAACCGGACGGCGUGUGCGUGGUUGUCGGGACGUGCGCGGAAGGUUUCGACGAGGCGAAGAACGUCUCGGCAGAUUUGAUUUAUACGUGUACUGAUAUUUCCGAGGAAAGACAAUAUUUUUGGGAAGCGUUUCCAGCCGAGUUAGAUAAGAAGAAGAAGAAGAACAGUCAUAAAAACAACACGUCAAACGUUCGAACGACGUACAUGUUUUCCUACUUGGACGCGAAGCCAGAGCGACCGUCCAUCGCUCGUAUUUUAGACGACUAUUGGAACUUAAUGCCCAAGUACCAAAACUUGAAUUCACUGGAUGAUGUCGAGUUCAAGCGCAUAUUGUUUGGAUAUUUCCCGACAUAUAGGAAUUCACCGUUGAAAGCACAGUUCGACCGCGUGUUACAAAUCGGCGACGCUUCGGGAAUGCAAUCUCCGCUCAGCUUUGGCGGCUUGGCGUGCAUGUUGCGCCACUUACCGCGCAUAUCGCUCGCGUUGACGGAAGCGUUGGAAGCUGAUAUCGUCGAUAAGAAGGCACUGGGUACAAUCAACGCGUACCAACCCGCCUUAUCGGCAGCGUGGUUAUUUCAAAGGUGCAUGUCCGUUCAAGUCGGCAGCAGUUCGUCUCCUUUUUCGUCCUCGAAAACCUUCAUCAACGAUUUGAUGCGCAUCAAUUUCGGCGUCAUGCAAAAUCUCGGCGACGAUGUUUUGAAACCGUUUUUGCAAGACGUCAUUCGCUUCAAGCCGUUGUCGAGAACGUUGUUAUCCAUGACGAAGAACAACAUCGCGUUCGUUCCGUCUAUUUUACUCCAAGCCGGCGUCGAACCUAUCGCGGAUUGGUUUCGACACUUUGUCGCUUUAGGCGUGUACGACUUCCUCGAACCCGUCGUCGAGCCCGGCAUGACGUGGGCGAAGAAUACAAACGCGCUUUCCCCGCGCUCGAAGUUUUUUUUGCGCAGGUACUUGGAAGCCAUCGAAUACGGCGCGGGAAAUGAUUCCGUCGAUAAGGAAAUUCAAAGAAGAAGUCGCUCGUCUUAG